AUGCAGGCAAAGGCGCAGCCGUGCGCCUCGCGCCAGGCAUGCAGCGUGCCGUGCGCCCCGCGAAGAUCGCUCACGACUUUGCGUGCACACGGGAGCGCUGCUCGAGAGCGCCAUCAAGUCCCGACAUCGCACGAUUCUGCUCGGCGCCAAGUGCUCCUGUCUCUCCUGUCCGCCGCGGUGGCUCUGGGGGCGACGCAGCGCGCUGGUGCUGAAGUGUACGAGGAAGGCUUGGUGUCGCUGACGAUCCCCGAGGGGUGGAUCCAGAGCACGGCGCAGAUCAGUUCCGGCGGGCGGCGCACCGUGGUGUGGUUCCCCAAGGAUGCCGACCCGAACGACCUGUCCGUGUCGCUCGUCACGACGGGGCUCAGCGCGGACUUCACCGGGCUGGGCAGCUUCGGGAGCGCCACCGACUUCGGCCAGGGCCUGGUCAACCAGAUGGACCAGGCCUACCUCGCCAGGGCGCGCGGGACGCUGUCGCGGCCCGCGCCGAAGAUCGACCAGGUGCAGGUGUGCAAGCUGAUAGACGCCAAGCAGACCCGGGGCAUGUACACCGUCGAGUACUCGAUCAAGAAGCCCCAGGAGGAGCUGAAGGUCGUCACGGAGGCCAUCGCGGCUGGAAACGACGGAGUGUACAACCGACUCUUCACGCUGACCGCGCAGCGGCGCGAGUCCGCGUCUACGGCGGCCCAGGAGGAGCUGGCGGGCAUCGUGUCGUCCUUCAAGUUGAAAUCGAAGUAG